UUGGGUAAUAUAUAGAGACAGUGGCGAUAAGAGUGAUGAAGGCAAGUUCAAGUUGGGGUUCUGGAAAUAAUCACGUCAAUGGUUUCUUUAUAAGUAUCAUUUUUAUGUACUCAUACAUGUCCCCAAGCCCACACUAGACAAAUCUAAGUGCUGCUCUCAUGGAGAAAUAUCUAUUUCUCUGCAUUUUCUUAGCUUUCUUCCUUCAUUUUUCAACACUUUCCUUCGUUCAUGCACAAGUAACCGACAUUUCCACAGGCAAACAAGCUCUUCUUGCCCUAAAAGCUCGUGUAAGCCAUGAUCCAAGCAAUUUUUUGACCAGCAAUUGGUCCACAAGCUCUUCUGUUUGUCACUGGAUGGGCAUAACUUGUGGUGCUCAUCACUCAAGAGUAACAGCUUUGAAUAUUUCUCACUUGGGUCUCAUAGCCACCAUUCCUCCUCAACUAGGAAAUCUAUCUUUCCUUUCAAGGCUAGACAUCAACAACAACAGCUUUUAUGGUGCUCUCCCUGAGGAACACGCACAGUUACGUCGACUGAAAUACCUUGUUUUGAGUCGUAAUAGCUUAUCAGGAGCCAUUCCGAAGGAAAUUGGAAACUUGACUCGCCUUAGAGCGAUCUAUCUUGGAUUCAACAAACUUCAAGGUGAGAUACUGUAUGAAAUUGGCAAUCUUCAUAGUCUUGAGCAGUUGGAUCUUGCACAAAACCACCUAGUUGGCCCUGUCCCAACUACUAUAUUCAACAUUUCAACAAUGCAAAUGCUUCAAUUGUGUGGCAAUCAACUCUCCGGAAUUAUUCCAUCAAUUGCAGAGCUUCCAAACCUUAAGGGUCUUGUCUUGUGGGGAAAUAAUUUCAGUGGGCCAUUUCCCAAUUUCAUCACCAAUGCUUCCAAGCUCUCCAUUAUAGAUAUCUCAUAUAACUCAUUCUCAGGCUUUAUUCCUGGCACAAUUGGUAAUUUAAAAAAUCUCAAAGCACUUCAUUUACAAUAUAAUUACUUCACAUCUACUCCUGAUCUAAGCUUUCUUUCCAAUUUGACAAAUUGCAAGACUUUAAGAUAUCUAAUCUUAAGCGAGAAUCCACUAAAUGGCAUGCUUCCAAGUUCCAUAGGGAAUCUUUCUAUUUCUUUGGAAUAUUUUUACAUUCAUGGUUGCAACAUUAGUGGCAAACUUCCCAAAGAAAUUGGAGACUUGAAAAACUUGAUAGUUUUACAAUUACAAGAUAAUGAAUUGAUUGGACCAAUUCCAGUUACUAUGGAUGGAUUGCAGAAUCUCCAAGGUUUGUAUCUUCAAAAUAAUAAAUUUGAAGGACUCAUCCCUGAAUUUUUUUGUCAUUUAACUGAAUUGGAUGAGUUGAAUUUGGGAGGAAACAAGUUCUAUGGAGCCAUACCUGCAUGUAUUGGCAAUCUCAUUGCACUGAGAAAUUUGUUUUUAUAUUCAAAUAGGUUAACUUCUAUACCAUCAACUAUGUGGAACCUUAAGGAUCUCUUGUACUUUGAUUUAUCAUCAAAUUUUUUGGACGAAUCUCUUUCAUUAGACAUUGGAAAUCUUAAGGUUGCCAUAGCUAUAAAUCUUUCAAGGAAUCUUUUUUCAGGAGAUAUUCCAAUUGCUAUUGGAAGCCUAGAAAAUCUACAAUUUCUCUCUUUAGAGUACAACAAAUUACAAGGCUCCAUUCCUGAAACAUUUGGCAACUUGAAAAGCCUAGAAUUCUUGGAUUUGUCUGGAAAUAACCUUUCUGGAGUGAUUCCCAAGUCUUUGGAGGCACUCAUAUACCUCAAAUAUCUAAAUUUAUCUUUCAACCAACUAAGUGGUGAAAUUCUUAGAGGAGGGUCCUUCAAAAAUUUCUCAACUGAAUCGUUUAUCGGGAAUCUCGGAUUGUGUGGACCUCCUCAACUGCAAGUUCCACCAUGCAAAAAAAGCACUCAUCGAAAAUCAAGGGCUAAAAGGGUUUUCUUGUUGAUUUUUUUGCCAACAUGCAUUGCAAUCUCAUUAGUUGUCCUGAUUCUUAUGUCUUUGUUUAUCUGGAAAAGGAGAACAAGGCCAACUACCAAUGUUGAUUUUUGUCCUGGAGGAACAUAGAGAAAAAUUUCUUACCAGGAACUUGUGAGAGCAACGGAUGGAUUCAGUGAGAACAACUUGCUUGGCAAAGGAAGUUACGGUUCAGUUUACAAAGGAAGAUUAGAUGACGGAAUGGAGGUUGCAGCGAAAGUAUUUCUCUUGGAUUUUGAAGGAGCUCUUACAAGUUUUGAAACUGAAUGUGAAGUGAUAAGAGGUGUUCGUCAUCGAAAUCUUGUCAAAAUCAUCAACAGCUGUUCAAAUGAUGACUUUAAAUCUUUGAUACUUGAAUACAUGCCUAAUGGGAGCUUGGAGAAAUUGUUGUUCUAUGAGAAGAAUGUUUUGGACAUUUCUCAUAGACUGAAUAUAAUGAUCGAUGUUGCUUCAGCUUUGGAAUAUC